AUGCGAAUCCAAAGCAGCCAAAUCCCUAUUCCACAGAUCGGGCGCUUCACCUCCCAUUUGAUGGUCUCGAAUUUCCCAGCCUUUCUCGACUCCCUCCCCACCUCCAGUCCAGAAAGAGGACCACUCUCCUACUCCACUCGGAGGAGACGAGAAUUGUCUCAGUCUGCAUUCCUCCUCGACGUGAUUUAUACAUUUCCUCUAAGUCUUGCUCAGGAUUUACAUAUCCAUUCACAUCGGCCAUUUCAAGUAAUCCCCUUCCUCUUCUCCUCCGCCUCCUCCUCCUCCUCCUGCUCCUAA